AUGGAGGCCGAGUGCGGGAGCUCGUGGGCCCUGGGGCUGCUGCGCACCUUCGAAGCGGGCGAGUUCGCGGGCUGGGAGAAGGUCGGCUCGGGCGGCUUCGGGCAGGUGUACAAGGUCCGCCACGUCCACUGGAAGACAUGGCUCGCCAUCAAGUGCUCGCCUAGCCUGCACGUCGACGACAGGGAACGCCUGGAACUCCUGGAAGAAGCCAAGAAGAUGGAGAUGGCUAAGUUUCGUUACAUUUUGCCGGUGUACGGCAUAUGCCGAGAGCCCGUCGGCCUCGUCAUGGAGUACAUGGAGACAGGCUCGCUGGAAAAACUGCUGGCCUCGGAGCCGCUCCCGUGGGAGCUGCGUUUCCGCAUCAUCCAUGAGACGGCGGUGGGCAUGAAUUUCCUACACUGCAUGGCACCGCCGCUUCUUCACCUGGACCUCAAGCCCGCCAACAUCCUGCUGGACGCCCACUACCAUGUCAAGAUUUCUGACUUUGGGCUCGCCAAGUGCAAUGGGCUGUCCCAUUCGCACGACCUCAGCAUGGAUGGGCUGUUUGGCACCAUUGCCUACCUCCCUCCAGAGCGCAUCCGGGAGAAGAGCCGGCUCUUUGACACCAAGCACGAUGUGUACAGCUUUGCCAUCGUCCUGUGGGGAGUACUCACACAGAAGAAGCCGUUUGCAGACGAGAAGAACAUUCUACACAUCAUGGUGAAGGUGGUAAAGGGCCACCGCCCCGAGCUGCCACCGGUCUGCAGAGCCCGGCCCCGUGCCUGCAGCAACUUGAUCCGCCUCAUGCAGCGGUGCUGGCAGGAUGACCCACACGCACGGCCCACCUUCCAGGAAAUUACGUCUGAAACCGAGGACCUGUAUGAAAAGCCCGAUGAUGAGGUGAGAGAAGCAGCUCGAGGUCUGGACGUGAGAAGUCCCCCCGAGCGCAAGAGCCAGGCGGUGCCCGUGUCCACGCCCCUCAAGCGCGCCUCGGCCCCAGCGUUCGAUAAUGACUACAGCCUUUCCGAGUUGCUGUCACAGCUGGACUCGGGGAUUUCUCAGACCAUCGAGGGCCCGGAAGAGCUCAGCCGCAGCUCCUCGGAAUCCAAACUCCCCUCGACGAGCAGCGGCAAAAGACUCUCGGGCAUCUCCUCGGUCGAUUCCGCCUUCUCGUCCAGAGGGUCGCUGUCCUUGUCUUUCGAGCGUGAGCCUUCAGCGGGAGAUCUCGGCACGACAGACAUUCAGAAGAAGAAGCUGGUGGAUGCCAUUGUAUGUGGGGACACCAGCCGGCUGAUGAAGAUCCUGCAGCCCCAGGAUGUGGACCUGCUCCUGGAGGGCAGCGCCAGCCUCCUGCACCUAGCCGUGGAGGCCGGCCAGGAGGAGUGCGUCAAGUGGCUUCUGCUCAACAACGCCAACCCCAACCUGACCAACCGGAAGGGCUCCACACCCCUGCACUUGGCCGUCGAGCGGAGGGUGCGCGGGGUCGUGGAGCUGCUGCUGGCCCGCAAGAUCAGUGUCAACGCCAAGGAUGAGGACCAGUGGACCGCCCUGCACUUUGCUGCCCAGAACGGGGAUGAGACCAGCACACGGCUGCUGCUGGAAAAGAAUGCCUCCGUCGACGAGGCGGACUGCGAGGGCCGCACGCCUGUGCACGUGGCCUGCCAGCAUGGCCAGGAGACCAUCGUGCGUAUCCUGCUGCGCCGCGGUGUGGAUGCUGGCCUGCAGGGCAAGGACGCCUGGGUCCCACUGCACUACGCCACCUGGCAGGGCCACCUGCCCAUUGUGAAGCUGCUGGCCAAGCAGCCGGGUGUGAGCGUGAAUGCCCAGACCCUGGAUGGGAGGACGCCCCUGCACCUGGCUGCCCAGCGGGGGCACUACCGCGUGGCCCGCAUCCUCAUCGACCUGCACUCUGAUGUCAACAUCUGUAACCAGCUCUUGCAGACGCCCCUGCACGUGGCCGCAGAGACGGGCCACACCAGCACCUCGCGGUUGCUCCUGCACCGUGGCGCUGAGAAGGAGGGGCUGACGGCCGAGGGCUGCACCGCCCUGCACCUGGCCGCCCGGAAUGGACACCUCACCACCGUGAAGCUGCUGGUGGAGGAGAAGGCUAAUUUGCUGGCUCGGGGGCCGCUGAGCCAGACGGCUCUCCACCUGGCCGCUGCCCAUGGACACUCGGAGGUGGUGGAGGAGCUGGUCAGUGCUGACAGCAUCAACCUGUCCGAUGACCGGGGGCUCAGCGCACUGCACCUGGCUGCCCAGGGCAGGCACGCAAAGACGGUGGAGGUGCUUCUCAAGCACGGGGCCCACAUCAACCUGCAGAGCCUCAAGUUCCAGGGUGGCCAGCAGCUGGGUGGGUCACCUGGCCACAGUCCCGUGUCCACACUCCUCCGAAGAAGUAAGACCUAG